GUGUCCUCGAGGAGGCGGGGACAAGAUGGCCGCCCGGGCCGCUCGGAGGACCUGAGAGGCGGUGGCGGAGGCCCCGCCCCCCGGCGGGAGGGCCGCUCUGUGCGCGCCCGCUCUAUGAUGCUUGCGCGCGUCCCCCGCGCGCCGCGCCGCGGGCGGGGCGGGUCUCCGGGAUUCCAAGGGCUCGGUUACGGAAGAAGCGCAGCGCCGGCUGGGGAGGGGGCUGGAUGCGCGCGCACCCGGGGGGAGGCCGCUGCUGCCCGGAGCAGGAGGAGGGGGAGAGCGCGGCGGGCGGCAGCGGCGCUGGCGGCGGCUCCGCCAUCGAGCAGGGGGGCCCGGGCUGCGCGCUCGCCCCGUCCCCGGUGAGCGGCGCGCGCAGGGAGGGCGCGCGGGGCGGCGGCCGUGGCCGGGGGCGGUGGAAGCCGGCGGGCCGGGGCGGCGGCGGCGGCGGCGUCUGUGGCCGUGGCCGGGGCCGGGGCCGUGGCCGGGGACGGGGCCGGGGCCGGGGCCGGGGCCGCGGCCGUCCCCCGAGCGGCGGCGGCGGCCUUGGCGGCGACGGCGGCGGCGGAGGAGGCGGCGGAGGAGGCGGCGGCGGCGCCCCCCGGCGGGAGCCGGUCCCUUUCCCGUCGGGGAGCGCGGGGCCGGGGCCCCGGGGACCCCGGGGCGCGGAGAGCGGGAAGAGGAUGGACUGCCCGGCCCUCCCCCCCGGAUGGAAGAAGGAGGAAGUGAUCCGAAAAUCUGGGCUCAGCGCCGGCAAGAGCGAUGUCUACUACUUCAGUCCGAGCGGUAAGAAGUUCAGAAGCAAACCUCAGUUGGCAAGGUAUCUGGGAAAUACUGUUGACCUCAGCAGUUUUGACUUCAGAACUGGAAAGAUGAUGCCUAGUAAAUUACAGAAGAACAAACAGAGACUGCGGAAUGAUCCUCUUAAUCAGAAUAAGGGUAAACCAGACUUGAAUACAACAUUGCCAAUUAGACAAACAGCAUCUAUUUUCAAGCAACCAGUAACCAAAGUCACAAAUCAUCCUAGUAAUAAAGUGAAAUCCGACCCACAGAGAAUGAAUGAACAGCCACGUCAGCUUUUCUGGGAGAAGAGGCUACAAGGACUUAGUGCAUCAGAUGUAACAGAACAAAUUAUAAAAACCAUGGAACUCCCUAAAGGUCUUCAAGGAGUUGGUCCGGGUAGUAACGAUGAGACCCUUUUAUCUGCUGUCGCCAGUGCUUUGCACACAAGCUCUGCACCCAUCACAGGGCAAGUCUCUGCUGCUGUGGAAAAGAACCCCGCUGUGUGGCUGAACACAUCUCAACCCCUCUGCAAGGCUUUCAUUGUCACAGAUGAAGACAUUAGGAAACAGGAAGAGCGAGUUCAGCAAGUACGUAAGAAAUUGGAGGAGGCACUGAUGGCAGACAUCUUGUCGCGAGCUGCUGACGCGGAGGCCAUGGACCUCGAAAUGGACAGUGGAGAUGACACCUAAGAUUGGCAUCAGGUAACUUUCGACCGACUUUCCCCGAAGAGCAAACUCCUAGAAUUGACCAAAAACGUUUCCACUGGGUUUUGCCUGUAAGAAAAAAAUGUACCUGAGCACAUAGAGCUUUUUAAUAGCACUAACCAAUGCCUUUUUAGAUGUAUUUUUGAUGUAUAUAUCUAUUAUUCAAAAAUGAUGUUUAUUUUGAGUCCCAGGACUUAAAAUUAGUCUUUUUGUAAUAUCAAGCAGGACCCUUAAAAUGAAGCUGAGCUUUUGAUGCCAGGUGCAAUCUGCUGGAAAUGUAGCACUUCCAUGAAAUACUUGUUCCCCCCCCAAUUUUCAUAUGAACAGAUCAGGAGUACCAAAUAAAUUUCGCAACGAGCGCUUAUGGUGACUUCACUGUAUAUAAACAGAUUUUUAUACUUUAUUGAAAGAGGACACCUGUACAUUCUUCCAUCAUCACUGUAAAGACAAAUAAAUGAUUAUAUUCACAGACUGA